AUGAUCUCAAAGACCGAGCCUGGACUGUCCAGGCCAAACGACAACCCCUUCGACAUGACCUCCUCAGCACAACACACUGCCCAUGUCGGACUUUCUGGACAUGCUUCCGUUCAGUCCUACAAGUCCAUUGUCGACUUUACUGCAGAGGAAAAGGCACAGCUCGACUCAGAUCUUCCAAAAUACCUCCCACCCGAAUUUACAGCCACUCGUGCCGGACCUGGACGGUCAACUCUCACAUACAUCGAAGGCUGGAAGAUCAAGAACCUUGCCAACAAACUCUUUGGCUUCAACGGCUGGAGAAGCUCUAUCACAGAUGUCACCGUCGACUUCCUUGAGGUCGAAAAUGACGGCAAGGUCACCGUCGGCGUUUCUUGCAUUGUCCGCGUUACCCUCAAGGACGGGACCUUUCACGAGGAUAUGGGAUAUGGGUCAAGCGAGAACCAGAAGAGUAAAGGCGCAUCGUUUGAAAAGGCCAAGAAAGAGGCUGUUACGGAUGCUCUGAAGAGGGCCUUGACUUCAUUCGGAAAUCUCUUGGGUACAUGUCUCUACGACAAGAACUACGCCAAGUACCUCAGCACUCAAAGGUCCGACAAGGCUAAGUACAACGAAGUAGAGUUCUACACACACCCAACCGAGGCACGGCCACAACUCCAAACAGUGAAACCUCUACCUCCAAAACCACAACAGCAGGCACAUCAACAGCAAAACAGCUUCAACCCACAGCAGAAUCAACAACAGAGCCCGUACCAGAAUCAGCAACAGCAGAAUCCCUAUCAGAACCAACAAGCGGAAUCUAGCGCAAGCUCGAGCGCGCAAACAAGCAGUUGGACAGCUGGGCAAUCGAAUCCUUACAAGCCGGCGACUUUACAGCAGGGAUUUGCUGCAGGAAAGCAGCCUCUUGGUGGUCCUUCCUUUAACGGGUCAUCAACUUCGACAUCCACUUCUACAGCGAGCUCAUUGGCACCGUCCAACAAAGCCCCUGUGACAGGCAACAACGCGGCAAGCGAAGCAGGAGCCCAGUUGCAAGCCAACAUCAAGGUUGAGGAAGAUGAUGGUAAGAGCCCUAGCGGUCACUACAGGGCACGUCGAAGCGAUUCUAAAUGUUAUUCAGAUGUUGAGCACGAUUUUGGUUGGGGCACGCUUACUGACCUUUCUGCAGACGAUCUCUUUUUUGGUCCUGAUAUCGAUGACUCUGCACCCUCUCAGGCAUUGCCUGAGAGCCCGCGGAUGAAGGAUUUUGACAACAUAGAUCUCGAUGUGGCAGAUAUGAUGAACGAUGACUCGCCCGUCAAGCCCAAGGCAACAACGCCCGACUUUGCCUCAGUUUCGAGUACUACUUCAGGAAACAACUCUGGAUUUCCUUCAACUCCAAAGCGCUCGGGAUCUUUUGGACGAUCCACUAGUAGUCCAACUCUUGUUCAAACUACGCCAACCAAACCCACUGCGCAAGAUAUGCAGCGAACACAUGGUCCACCACCAGCAGCGCCAUUCAGAGCGACCACCCCCUUCGCAGGGCUCAAUGCGCUCAAGAAUGCUGCGUAUACCCCAAAGUCAUCUUCUCCGUCAACUGGGACAGCUACGACUCCACAGGGUUCUGCGUCACACAGUAAUCAAGGAGGCGCAAACUCAACGUCCCAAAAUCAACAAAACGGAGCAAACAAUAGUUCUCGAGCUACGACACCUCUGAGCUCACACAGCGGAAGCAGCGCCAGUCGAAACCCAACGGGUGCAGCAAAAACUGCCCCCGUCAAUGUUUUGAGAGCCAACAGUCUCGCAGCUGCAAAUGGUCAGCACAGAAACAACAACACCAACAACGGCAGUAACAAUGCCGCCAGUGGAUUCCGAGCUUCAACAGGACACAACCCAGGUGCUCAGUCCUACAACGUCUCUGGCAGCAAUAAUUAUCAGCAAGGCCAUGGGCUGAAGCGACCCUUCAUCAACAAUGGCUCGCAUGACCUUCAUGGACCGGCAUCCAACAAGGAGCCCCGUUUGGACUGA